ACAGAAAGAGGAAGAAGAGAAGGAGGAAGGAGACACACAGACAGAGACAGAAAGACAGAGACGGACGGACAGAGUGAACAACAUGAGAGCUGAGGAGUGAACCGUUGCUGUGCUGAUCUGACACUGCCUUCUGUCCAUCUGUCCGUCCACCUGCAGACAUGUCCUCGUCCAGAGGGGACAGUAAGACAGCGUCCCAGUUUGUGUCUCUGACCAUGAGGCUGAAGGAUAAGCUCCACCCACAGAGGGUCAGACGCUCCGAGCGAAUCAAACACACCCCGUCACAGAGAGUCAAACCGCCUGACCUCGACCUGCAGCACAAGGACGGUGGCGUGUUGGCGGACCAGCAGCGGGCCGUCAUCAGCUCUCUGCAGUACUUCAAGGCUCUGGUGGACAGACUGGGAGUGGACAGACAGGAAGUGGACAAACUGGUCCAGGACCAGUGUGUGGUGGGCGGUCUGCUGGGCGGAGCCUCUGGUGGCAUCCUGGAGGCAGUCCAGACUCUGGUCCAGCUGGAGCCACACCUGCACAACAGUAAGACUGUCUCUUGCUGUCUCACUCGUCUCUACUCGUCUCUGGCUGAGCUGAUUCGCUGGGCUGAUCAGGUGAUGCUGCAGGGUGUCGCCAGCGGCAACAAAGAGUCCACAGCAAGCGUUACCACGGUGAUCAGGGCGGUGCUGGACGGGGUGAAGGAGCUGGUUCGAUUGGCUGCAGAGAGAAAAGACGGCUCCGCCCCCUCAUCUCCUUUCCAAUCACAGCCUGCCGUGGGACAGACAGGCGGGUCAGGUGUCCAGCAGACAUCAGACAGGAAGUCCACCUGCCAGAGUCCAGGAGCUCCUGCAGAGGACAAAGAGGAGGAGGGGACUGUUGAUGCUCCUCCCAAACCUCCAAUGCCUUUCACAGAGCUCCUCCCCCAGGUGUCCCCUCCACAGGUGUCCCUCAACCGGGUGUCCCUCCCCCAGAUGUCCCUCGACGAGGUGUCCCCUCCACAGGUGUCCCUAAACCGGGCGUCCCUCCCCCAGAUGUCCCUCGACCAGGUGUCCCUCCCCCAGUUGUCCCUCGACCUGGUGUCUGUCCCCCAGGUGUCCCCUCCACAGGGACUCAGUCCACCAGCCCUGCCACCCAAAAAACGUCAGUCGUCAUCAGGCCCCGCCCACUGCAGGGUCGCCGUCGUAGCACCGAUGAGACGAGAGCCUGAAGUGGACACACAGGAGGACGAGUGUUUGAAGCGUUUCUCGUCUUCGUCGGCUGCUGAGGACACACACUGUGAGGACGAUCCGGACUACGACUUCCUCCACACUGACCUGUCCUCCUCUGAGACUCUUCCUCCUCUUCUUCAGCCCUCCUCCCCCCCCCCUGCCCUGCCGGAGAAGACUCGUGCUGCAGGAACCAACUCUCAGGCCCAGACUUCAUUUGGGUUCGAUCCUGCUGCCCAUAAAGAGAGCCCCGCCCACUGUGAUGAUGUCAUUGGUCCUGACGAGUCACUGUCUUCCCCUUUGUCCCCCAGCAAGACCCCACCUCCCCUCCCUGAGAAGAAACGACACAUCCAUCAGUACCUGCAGGUCUGUUCUUCCUACAGCGCUCAGGCAGCCGCCAUGUUCUAUCCACGACCUUUGACCCUCAGUGAGCGAUACAACAGUAGGCAGCGAGAGGUGGAGACCACCUACCAGCUCUCACACACACACCUAGACUCACAGACGUUAGACUCCACCCCCUCACCUGAGCUGCUUCCUGCUCCAGUUCUACCACCGAAGAAGAGACAACAGGACUCAGCUGGACCGUACGAAGAGAACCAGACCAGAGACAGUGUCCAGCAGGAGGCAGAGUAUGGCAGGAGGAGCAGUAAGGAGCUGGAGGAGCAGGAGGAGGUGUUACUUAUCGACCAGCAGAAGGUCCUCCGCAGAAUCACAUUCAAAACUCAGGAGGAGGACGGGCCAGACGUGAAGGCAGCCUCUCCUGAGAUCCUUUUGGUCUACGCCACAGAGACUGACAACAGCACUGAGCACGUCCUGUACCGUGAAGCCUUCCUCUCCACCUACAGAAGUUUCAUCAGCCCAAAUAAUGUCAUCAGCAAACUACAGUACAGGUACAGACAUCUGUGUGACAGACAUGAGCCUGCACACCUGACCGCUGCCAAGAACACCUUUCACCUGCUGGUGCGAGUGGUUGACGAGCUGUGUGCGAUCGAGCUGGACUCUGAUUUGCUGCUGCUGUUGAUGGAACUGGUGUUCAGCCUCCUGACUGGAGGAGAGCUGGGACUGGCCCGCCUGCUGCGCUCCAACAUCCUGUCCAAGAUGGAGCAGAAGUGGCAGCUGAUUGGCUCACCUCAGUCACUCCGCCCCCUUGCAGCCAGGGGCGUGGCUGCCAGACCAGGAACUCUUCUGGACUUCAGGAGUCAGGAUUUAGCUGAACAGCUGACUCUGCUGGACUCUGAACUCUUCUGCAAGAUCGGGCUUCCAGAGGUGUUGCUGUGGUCGAAGGAGCAGAAUGAGGAGAAGAGUCCAAACCUGACAGAGUUCACCCAACACUUCAACAACGUCUCCUUCUGGGUUCGAUCUGUCGUCAUUCUUCAGGACAAACCUCAGGACAGAGAGAAACUGUUGCUCAAGUUCCUGAAAAUCAUGAAGCAUCUGCGGAAGCUGAACAACUUUAACUCGUACCUUUCCAUCCUGUCAGCGCUGGACUCCGCCCCCCUGCGACGCCUGGACUGGCAGAGAAGCACAGCUGAGGCUCUGGAGGAGUUCAGCUCUUUGAUUGACAGCUCAUCAUCUUUCAGAGCGUACAGAGCAGCUCUGGCUGAAGUGGAGCCUCCCUGUAUACCCUACCUGGGUUUGAUUCUUCAGGACUUGACCUUCGUCCACCUGGGGAAUCCUGACAUGUUAAUGACAUCAGAGGGCUCAAAGGUCAACUUUUCUAAACGCUGGCAGCAGUUCAACAUCCUGGACACUCUGAGGAGCUACCAGCAAGUUCCGUACGCUCUGCAGCCAAAUGAUGACAUCAUAUCUUUCUUCAAUGAUUUCAAUGAUCACCUGGCAGAGGAGGCAUUGUGGGACCUCUCUCUCAGGAUCCGCCCUCGAAAUGCCCCACGAGCCAAUCAGAGAUGACAGACCAAAACAGACUAAACUUGCACUGAGUUAACCUGAGCUAUCCUGGAACGUCACAAGGCUAGCCUGUGCUACCUUAAUGCUAACUUGUUGAUACUGAGGACUGAGGUGGAUCAACCUGGUGCUAACCUGAACUGGUGCUGAUGCCUGGCAACAGCCCCAAAAGGAAGCUAAUCUCAAGGAAACUAAUUGUGGCUAACAGUUUGUGCUAACAUGUGUUUAUCUAGACUGUUCCUGCAACAACGUCAACUGACAAAGUUUAGCUAGGUUUUAGCAGAAGUUAGCUUGGAGCUAGUCCCGGGUUAGCCAAGUGUAAUUCAGGUGUUAUCUGGGGUUAUCCUGGAGCUAAGCGGGGUUAGCCAGGUGUUAGCCAGGUGUUUUGGGGCUGAUGUGCACUCCUGGUGGGCGUGGCCUGUUCCUGUAUCUGACCUCAGAACUGUUCACAUAUUCAAAGCAAUAUCACAAUAAACAUCACUGUUUA